AGUCACAGCCCGCUGCCCACCUCCUGUUCAACUCAGUCACAGCCCGCUGCCCACCUCCUGUUCAUCUCAGUCACAGCCCGCUGCCCACCUCAUUAUAUAUCCAAUACGGCCUCUUGCCCACACCCCUCCCUCUGCUCCUGUGUCAAAAGAUGAAUGCUGUCAUACAAUAAUACAAGAUUGCACAAUGCCACGCAAGUCGAAGACUCAAAAACUAAAACAAGCGCAAGCGGCAUAUGCUCGCCAUAUUUAUCAACAACAGAAAUCUGCUUCAGCUCAAGAGCUGAGACAAGACCCAGAUUACAGUGAGUGGCAAGAAAUUAAUUAUAAACUAAAAUUGACAGUGUUAAUAACAGAUAGGAAGCUUGAGAAGUACCUUGAUUCUAAUUAUGUGUGUGAUUGUUUACAUGAUAAACUAUGUCAUACAGUCAAGAUAUCUGAUCAACAUGAUAAUGUACAAGUAACAAAAAGCUGUAGUCAUUGUAAACUUACAGUUACACGAACAUUGACUGAAAAUCACGAACAUGAUGAUGUUGUAGGUACUUCCAGUGUUUUGAAAAGACGUAAAGAUACCGAGAGCAGUGCCACAAAACGAUUGAAAUUAUUUAGACAGGACACAGAAGAAAACAGUGAAGAAGUAACAUCACGGCGCGUUCCAUGGAAGGGACGGAGAUACGCCGAUCCGAGCUCGGUUCAGGACAGCUGGCCCGACAGAGCGGACGUCCCCGACCUUCACCUUGAGACAGUGCUAAUGGUGACAGAUAAGGAACUUGAAAAGUACUUAGAUGAUAAUUAUGUAAAAUUAUGUCAUUAUUGCUCGCAUAAUACACUACGUCAUAUAGUCAGGGUUGAUGAACAUGAUGUGCAAGUGAUGGAAAGCUGUAGCAAAUGUAAUCAUACAGUUUCACGAGCGUUGAUGGGAAAUUACGAGAUUCUGAAGACAUUAGUGUACUUCAACAUGCUAAAUGGCCAAGGAUACAUGUUCUACAAGAGUAUGUGUGCCAUAAAUGGAAUGGAAUUUGUGUCACCACUGGUGUAUAGAAGGUGCGAGAAUCAUAUAAGAAAUGUGAUUAAUAUGAGAUGGCAAGAAGUGCAAGAAAACACUCGCCGUAUAAUAUUUGACCAAUAUAAAAAACAGUUAAAUAUAGACCCCAUUGAUGGCUUCCUUAACAUUGAUGUGUCCUUUAGCGGAUCUAGGAGCCCUUAUUCACAAAUUAGCACUGCUUUCCUAGUGGAAAUGUUAACAGGCAUGGUUGUGGACUUCAAUGUGUUCUGUAAAAAACCUGCAUUCAGUGCCAAAUGCUCAAGCGUAGGAAACGGAAUUGGGAAAUAA